AUGGCUAGCUCGGUGAUAAUGUCUGUGGCUGUGUUUGCAAUUAAAUUCAGUCAUCACCACCUCUUUAUCGACAACAAAUGGGUGGAUGCCGCAAGUGGAAAAACUUUCGAUACAUACAACCCUCACGAUGGCUCUGUCAUCGCACAAGUUGCUGAAGGUGAUAAGGCCGACAUCAAUUUAGCAGUCCAAGCAGCGAAGCGCGCCUUCCAUCGUAAUUCUGAAUGGCGGCUGAUGGAUGCAGCGCAACGUAGAACCCUUCUUCACAAAUUCGGAGACCUGAUCGAGAGGGACUUAGAGUAUUUGGCUGAGCUGGAGUCGUAUAACAAUGGAAUGGUACUUAAUGACGCGCGCCGAUUCUUGAACACAGCUGUUGAGAGCACACGAUAUUUAGCUAGCUUGGCUGACAAAAUACAGGGUGACACCAUUCCAUUAAGUGGUGAAGUGUUCUCCUACACAUUGAAACAGCCAGUCGGAGUGUGUGGUUUAAUUUUGCCCUGGAAUGUGCCAAUAUUGAUGUUUAUCAGCAAAGUAGUAACUGCUCUAGCUGCGGGGUGUACAGUCAUUGUUAAGCCAGCGGAGCAGACACCAUUGACAGCGUUAGUUUUGGCUGCCUUGUUACAAGAGGCAGGUGUACCGGCGGGUGUUGUUAAUGUUGUCAAUGGUUUCGGUGUUGGCGCAGGCACCACGCUCACUCAUCACCCAGAUGUGGCAAAGAUUUCCUUCACUGGUUCGCUUGAAGUAGGCAAACUCAUACAACAAGCUGCUGGCGCCAAUAAUCUGAAACGGGUGACGCUAGAGCUUGGUGGCAAGAGUCCUCUUAUCAUCAUGAACGAUGCGGACUUGAACGUGGCAAUACCAACAGCAGCGUUCGGUGUUUUCUUACAUCAAGGACAAAUUUGCAUUGCCGCAUCGCGUUUGUAUGUACAGUCAGGAAUUUACGAUAAAUUUGUACAAGGAGCAGUCAAAUUCGUCAAAGAGAGAAUAGUCGGAAACCCGACUGAUAGUUCGACGCAACAGGGGCCUCAGAUUGAUGGCGAAAUGAUGAAUAAGGUAUUGGGUUACAUCGAGAAAGGCAAAAAGGAGGGCGCAAAGUUGUUAACAGGCGGGAAUCGGAUCGGUACCACUGGCUUCUACAUUGAGCCUACAGUCUUCGCAGAUGUCACUGACGAUAUGACAAUCGCCAAAGAAGAGAUAUUUGGCCCUGUGCAAAGUAUUAUUAAAUUUGAAACAUUAGAAGAGGUUAUUGACCGGGCCAAUAAUACAAACUAUGGCCUUUCCGCUGGUAUUUUCACGAGUGAUCUUAACAAUGCGCUUCAGUUCAGUAAACAUGUUGAGGCAGGCACAGUAUGGGUGAACACAUAUUUCGUAUUUAGUUCUCAGGCUCCAUUUGGUGGUUUUAAAGACUCAGGCCUUGGACGAGAGAAUGGUCCUAACUGCGUUGAUGCUUACUUAGAAGUGAAAACCGUAACAAUUGCUUUACCAAAGAAAUUU